AAAAAUCAGAAUUUGGAAGAUUUUUUUGAAAAAUUAGAAAAGAAAUUCGGUAUUCCAAUUAUCGUUUUUGAAAUUUUUGAAUGUAAAAUGAAAAUAUCAGCUUCUCCUAUACGAAAAUAACAGAAUUUAUCUAUCAUGGCAGCUGGACCUAUUGCAGAGCGAAAUCAAGAUGCUACGAUAUAUGUCGGUGGUCUUGAUGACAAAGUUUCGGAUACCCUACUGUGGGAAUUAUUCGUACAAGCCGGACCAGUCGUUAACGUGCAUAUGCCUAAAGAUCGAGUCACUCAGUCGCAUCAAGGCUACGGAUUCGUUGAAUUUCUCGGAGAAGACGACGCCGAUUAUGCUAUUAAAAUUAUGAACAUGAUUAAGUUAUACGGGAAACCAAUUCGAGUCAAUAAAGCAUCAGCGCAUCAGAAGAAUUUAGACGUCGGUGCCAACGUUUUUAUCGGUAAUUUAGAUCCGGAAGUGGAUGAGAAAUUAUUAUACGACACGUUUUCAGCUUUCGGUGUGAUAUUACAAACUCCCAAGAUCAUGAGAGAUCCGGAAACCGGUAACUCGAAAGGAUUCGCAUUCAUAAACUACGCUAGUUUCGAAGCAUCCGAUGCUGCGAUAGACGCGAUGAACGGCCAACAUCUGUGUAAUCGUCCAGUCUCCGUAUCCUACGCUUAUAAAAAAGAUGUCAAAGGUGAACGUCACGGAUCAGCCGCCGAACGUUUGUUAGCCGCUCAAAAUCCGCUAUCUCAAGCCGACCGACCUCAUCAGUUGUUCGCCGAUGCUCCUCCGACAGCGCCUCUUCCAAGCGUCGGUGGUCCUCCACCGAUGGGUAUGAUGGGUAUGCCUCCUCCGCCGUCGGCUAUGAAUCCACCACCUCCUCCUGUACCUCCUCCCGGUAUGCCUCCGCCGUUAAGUAUGCCUCCUCCGCCUCCUUCAAUGAUGAAACCACCGAUGGGUCCACCGGGUGCUAUGCCUAUGGGUCCAGGUGGACCACCGCCGCCUAGAAUGAUGCCACCAGCACCUUGGCAACAAACUGGCCAGUAUAUGCAUCAAAUGCCCGCUCCACCGGGUCAUCAUCCGCCUCCGCCUCCUCCUCCGCCUCAAUUUGGUGCACCUUAUGCGACGAACCAAGCUAAUCAGUUUCCACCGAAUUGGAGACCGCCACCUCCACCGCCUCAGUUUGCUGCUCCGUACGCUGCUCAGGGACAAGCAUUUCCACCCAAUUGGGGACCUCCUCCUCCACCACCUCCUCCUUCGGCUGGGCAAUACGUUCCACCACCGUAUCCUCAAGCUGCUCCUGCCGGAACCGCUCCGCAGAAUUAAGUCAGAAUGUCGUAUUUUCGAUCUAAGUUAUUUUAUUUAUAAUUAAUAAUACAUAAGUUUUGGUGUUUUUUUUUUUUUCUAUUUAUUCGUUGUAAUGAAUCUUUUCACAAAGUGUUUGUUUUUUAUAACGAGUCAUCGGUUGACGAAUGAUGAAAUGUGUUUUGAGUAAAUACGUUUAUAAUUUUAUUU